UUUCUGUAAGCGUGGAGUCCAGGGUUCGUCCAUGGUGGGAAAAGAUAUCAGUGGUAAAUCCAAGAUGGCAGAAGUUCAGUCCAAGUUGACCAGAGCUGAGAGAAGGAUAGAGGGACUUGUGUGCUCUCUGGAAGCAGCUUUUAUCCUUGCUGUACAGUGCAAGUCAGAUCCAGCAGCCAACAUGGAGUCUUUCUUGGCUCCUGGUACCCCAGUGGCUAGGUCAAGACUGGACAACUUUGUUCACUGCCUGCUGCAAGCACUAGAUGAGUGCUGUGUCCCAUUGGUUCUGACUCACUAUCAGCAGAUCUCUAACAACCAGGUGUACAUGUAUACUAGUUUGUUUACAUCAUUGGUGUCAGUUGGUCAGCUGUGUCCACAAGAACUUGUCCUCAGGUUUUACAACAAGCUGACCUCUACUGGGGUGAUCAGGAUAGCCCUGCACAUCAAGGCCAAGACUGAAUCAACGUCUGUUAAACAAGUGAUCGACAAAUUCCUGUUGGAAUUGUGCCAGUUUGGUUCCAGUGACCAAGAUGAAGAUUUCAAAAGAGAGUUGCAGCUAGGAUUAACAUUUCUGCAAGGCAGUCUGGUGCAUGUUUUGAGUGUAUUAGACCAGCAUGCAGAUGGCACUAGUGUAGAGGCAGAUCAAGUUCAUGCUGCUCAGCAACAUGUGUUAUUAUACCUCCUCUACCUCAGCUAUGAACAUGGGGACAGGUGUGUUUCCCCCAGUGUGCUGUUUGACACUCUGUGUGCUUAUCUCUGUCUCCACCCAGAUGUGCACCUCCUUCCCAACACUGCUCUUAAAAGCUUGGUCUUCCUUAUGGCUGCAUGCACUGGUUCCACACAGACCCAUGCGAAAAAGGAACAACAACAAGGUUUGCGACUGCUGUCAGUGGGUCUGUCCAAAUGUUCAAGUACAUCCUCGUGGCUUCUGCGCCAUCCCAAGGUAUUCCAGUGGUGUUUUCUCAAUCCAAAGAUCUCCAAUAUGCAGGGAAAACAUGUGUUGAAGCAGUGGCUGAGCAUCAUUCCUGCCCAGAUGUUUCUCUCCCCAUUGGACAUGAGUCAAGAACCAGGUUGGGCAGAACUGUUUACACUGGUGAAAGAAAAUACAAAAUGUUUACAAGCUGCAUUGGACAUCGUGACUGAUGGGGAUGAGGAAAGUGUUUCCAAAGUAACCCUUCUGUUGGGAAGAGUAUUUGAAAAGGAUGGCAAACAAUCACCAAAUCCCAAAACUGUCAGCACAUUGAAACAAAUGUUGUCUGAUGUAGUGCACAGAAUUUUCCUUGCUAAGUCUGUAAAGAAAGCAGAACACAACCUCACAGCAAUGUUGGAAAUUCUGCUGAUUAUGCAGGAUCAGUUCGUCACUGGCAUUAAUGCAACAGAUCUCAAGUUGGUGAACCAAGUCUGCAGUCUACUAGGGAAUGACAAUGAAAAGAUUCCAAAACAGUUGGUUUUUAUGUUUGAAGAAUUCCUUUCCAAUUUAUUACUACAAGCAGGGAAAAGUCAGGACAACAGAGUUGCCACCAUUAUAUUGACAGACAAAAGUUUCCUUUGUAUUCUCCAACACCUUAUUUUGUCAAAUGAGGACAUAGUCUCCACCAAAGCACUGCAGCUACUGGCAUUACUUGUACUCCAGCAGGCGGAUUUUAGUAUUCCACAUCUUGUUAAAAAUCAGGUUCAACUGCAAUUGGCAUGGCUUCUAGAAAGAACUAAGUCCAAAGUAUAUCUUCAGCAGAUCAGUGUUCUACAGUUCUGGGCAGUCUACUUCUCCACUCAGUUAACUGCAUCGUGUGCUAUAGUGGAGAUGCUGGAUGACACAGAUCACACAGAUCUUGUAGGUCAAGACAAUACACAAUUGAACAUAAAGACCCAGUAUUUGAGGAAGUUACUUAUUUACAUUCAGCAGGCUGUUUUUAAGGAAAAUAGGCAUUUGCAGUGUGUUGCUGUUAUUUGUCUUCACAACUUGCUGACACGUUACUUGAAGCCACAUGUAUUGAAAACAGGCCACAGUCUGGUAGAGCAGCCAUGGAAUAGAUUCAUGCUGACCACACUGCUAGAAACCUUUGAAGCAAGAAAGACUCCAACCUGUGUGUUAGCAAUUGUUAACUUGACAAAAUAA